AUGAGGCGGGUGGUUCGACUCAGCCAGAGCGUGCCCAGCGCGUCCGCGGUGGCAUCGGGCGCCUCAGCCACAUCGCACCCGCACCGCCAUGCGUCCACAUCCGCACCGGCAUCCACAUCGCACCAGCGCCUCGCAACUCCCAAGGGCAAAGAACGCCACUCUCCCGCACUUGGAACUGACCCCCGUGCGCAUUCGAAGAAGCUGCAUCGCAUCCCUCCGCCCGGAUUGCGUUUGCUCAGCAGUGUCCCGGGUGCAGGACCCGCACGGCUCGGCAUGGACUCGCAGGCGGAUCUGGGUCGUCACUUUUACCUCAACAAGGUGCUCGAGCAGUGGGCGGCCAAGCCUGCCACGCGCAUGACUUUGCGGCAGCUCAUCUUCUUCGGACGCACGCUCGGUAGGGACAGGGAGAAGAUCCUCAAGAGCGCCAACUACGUGCGUCAGGAGCUGCCCGUUCGCAUCGCGCACCGCAUCCGCGACCUCCAAGCGCUCCCCUUUGUCGUCAUGACGAACCAGCAUCUGGAAGAUGUGUACCAGAAAUACUGGUCGGCCUUCGAGACGUUCCGACGCUUUCCGCACAUCAAGACCAUGGAUGACAACGAAAAGUUCUGCAACCUUCUUCGCCGGCUGCUCGAUGAUCAUUUGACCAUUAUACCGUCGCUGACGAUCGGGAUCGUCGAGUCGUCGCACCACCUGCAGCCGCAGCAGCUGGACAAGUUCAUGGAGCGCAUGUUGCGGUCGCGCAUCUCGCGGCGCGUGCUGGCUGAACAGCACAUUGCGCUCAGCGAGGCUCUCGAUGAUCCCUUCCACUUUUUCAACGAACCUGCCCGCCGACCGGGCGAGGACGACGAGGCCGAGAUGGAUCUGGGCGACGAUGGAGCGGGCGAUCAUGUGGGCAUCAUCUAUACGCGGCUGAGUGUGGCGAGCGUGGUGAACAAGGGGAUCAAGCUGCUCACGCCCAUGUUCGCGAGCGUGCAGGGGGUGGAGGCGGAGCGUAUCCCGCGCGUCAUCGUGGACGGCGACCUCAAGGCGCGCUUUGCCUACAUCCCGGAGCAUCUCGAGUACAUCGUGUUCGAGCUGCUCAAAAACGCCAUUCGCGCCACGAUUCGCAGCGGUGCGGGGAGCGAGCAGCCGGGCACAGUGAGGGUGACCAUCGUCGAGGGCCCGCCGGAGGAGGAUCUGAUCAUCCGCAUCUCGGACUGCGGCGGCGGGCUGCCGGAUUUGAUCCAGCAGCUAUCGGCGCCUCCUGUGGGCGUGCCGCAAGUGGUGGGCGAGACGGGCUUUGCAUCGCGUCCACCCGCAGCAGCGCAUACCAGCACCCCCGAACCCGCGGCGAGCUCGGACCAACAGUAUCCGAUUCCGUUCCCGGAGACGGGGCAUAUUGGUGGUUACCCGCCGCGUGGGUCUCGGGCUCGGUUGAUGGACGACGAUACGCUGCCCGUGACGCUGGACGAUGCGCCGCAUGCAUCCCCACGCGCGGAUGCCGCAGCGUACUAUGCUGAGCCGUGGGCCGAGUUCUCCUCCGCCUCUUCGCGCAUGUGGUCUGCUCGUGGCGGUGUCGGUUCCGCAGGGGGCGUUGGCGGCUCAAUCCCACCAAACGAAUUCGGUACCGUCGGCACCUCAACUUCCGCAGCGGAAGGCUACACGGAUCCGCUCAUCGAUGCGCUGUGUUCGUUCAGCAAUGUGCGCAAGCGACUUGCCAUCGAAUCGCACGCCGCCACCCUCGACCCUUCCGACGGCGACCACGGUGCCAGUGCCGCGUAUGGCUUGCCUGCAUCGGCACAUCUCAAUUCAGCAGGUCUGGGAACGAGGGACCGAUUCGAUGCGCUCAAGUCCAUCGGCAAGUUCAAGGGCACUGUGACAGAGCAGGUUCCGCGCGGGAGACCCGUCCAGGCAAUGGAGGGUACAGGCCCCGCAGCUCUGCACACCGUCCAGGUCGAAACGGGGCUCGGACUGCCCAUGGCCAAGGUGUACUGCGACUUUUUCGGCGGCAGCCUGAGCUUCCGCAGCCUCGACGGUCAUUCCACCGACAUCUAUGUGCGCCUGCCCAAACUCGGCACCAACAAGGAGACGAUCGAAGAAAUCGUCCUCUAG